UGCUAACCCCUUUGUUAUCUCCAUACUUUCCAUGCAGCCUUGGGUCUUUUCCAAGGUUUUGAUCUAAGCCAUGACUAAACCUCCUCCAUUUUCUCUCACGGCAUUUGGCUGUGUCCUAUUCUUCUUAUCCUCCUCUGUUGUUUUAGCACUCACCGACGCAGAAGCCUCGUUCAUUGCGCAGCGACAGCUCUUGACAUUACCUGAGAACGGCGAUCUUCCUGAUGAUAUCGAGUAUGAGGUCGAUCUCAAGGAGACGUUUGCCAACAAUAGGCUUAAAAGAGCUUAUAUAGCUCUCCAAGCAUGGAAAAAAGCAGUCUAUUCAGACCCGUUUAACACCACCGGAAACUGGCAUGGUCCGCACGUGUGUGGCUACACAGGCGUGUUUUGUGCACCGGCUCUUGAUGAUCCUAGCGUCGCGGUUGUGGCCGGCGUAGAUCUUAAUGGUGCAGAUAUUGCGGGACAUUUACCCGUUGAGCUUGGUUUGAUGACGGAUGUGGCCAUGUUCCAUUUGAAUUCGAACCGGUUUUGUGGUAUCAUACCCAAGAGUCUGGAUAGGUUGAAGUUAAUGUAUGAGUUCGAUGCCAGCAACAACCGUUUCGUCGGACCUUUCCCUUCGGUUGUCCUUUCGUGGCCGGCUGUUAAAUUCAUCGACCUUAGGUUCAAUGAUUUCGAAGGUCAAGUCCCUCCUCAGCUUUUCAAGAAGGAUCUCGAUGCCAUUUUCUUGAACAACAACAGAUUCACUUCCACCAUUCCUGAGUCUCUUGGAGAAUCCUCAGCUUCCGUCGUGACCUUCGCUCACAACAAAUUCAACGGUUGUGUCCCUAAAAGUAUUGGGAACAUGAAGAAUCUCAACGAAAUCAUAUUCAAGGACAACCGUCUUGGAGGCUGUUUCCCAUCGGAGAUCGGGAAGCUAGCCAAUGUGAACGUUUUUGAUGCUAGCAUGAACUCGUUCACGGGUGUUUUACCGCAGAGCUUUGUUGGGCUUACUGGCGUCGAAGAGAUUGAUAUCUCUGGAAAUAAACUCACUGGGUUUGUGCCGGAGAAUAUCUGCAAGUUGCCUAAGUUGGUUAACUUGACGUACGCCUACAAUUACUUCAACGGACAAGGUGAUUCGUGUGUCCCAGGUAGUCAGAAGGAGAUUGCAUUGGACGAUACACGUAACUGCUUGCCAGAUAGGCCUAAACAACGGUCGGCCAAGGAAUGCGCGGUCGUGAUUAGUCGUCCCGUUGAUUGUAGUAAGGACAAGUGUGCUGGUGGCGGUUAUAGUCCCUCUACACCAUCGAAGUCGAAGCAACCAUCACCUGUGCCAUCUCGGCCUGUACAUAAUCCACAACCACCGAAAGAGUCACAAAAACCAAAUGACCCAUCUGACCAGUCUCCUGUGAAGUUCAGGCGUAGCCCGCCUCCCCCGCAGCCGCAUCACCCGGUGGUUUCUCCUCCGUCUCAUAUUCAGUCUCCACCGCCUCCGGUAUAUUCUCCACCGCCACCACCAAUUCAUUCACCACCACCACCGGUACAUUCUCCUCCACCACCAGUCCACUCACCACCACCGCCCCCACCAGUCCAUUCACCACCACCACCGGUACAUUCUCCUCCACCACCAAUCCAUUCACCACCACCACCGGUACAUUCUCCUCCACCACCAGUCCACUCACCACCACCGCCCCCACCAGUCCAUUCACCACCACCACCGGUACAUUCUCCUCCACCACCAAUCCAUUCACCACCACCACCGGUACAUUCUCCUCCACCACCAGUCCACUCACCACCACCGCCCCCACCAGUCCAUUCACCACCACCACCGGUACAUUCUCCUCCACCACCAAUCCAUUCACCACCACCACCGGUACAUUCUCCUCCACCACCAGUCCACUCACCACCACCGCCCCCACCAGUCCAUUCACCACCACCGCCGGUUCAUUCUCCACCCCCACCACCGGUACAUUCUCCUCCUCCGCCAGUCUAUUCUCCACCACCACCUGUCCACUCACCACCACCCCCAACACCAGUCUAUUCACCUCCAUCACCGGUUCAGAAACCACAAGCUCCGAAAGAGUCACCACAACCAAAUGAUCCAUAUGAUCAGUCUCCAGUGAAGUUCAGACGCAGCCCGCCUCCGCCACAUCAAUCACAUCCCCCAACGGUUUCUCCUCCACUUCCAGUCCACUCACCACCAUCACCUGUCCAUUCACCACCAACAGUGUAUUCAUCUCCAUCACCGGUUCAGAAACCACAACCUCCAAAAGAGUCACCACAACCAAAUGAUCCAUAUGAUCAAUCUCCAGUGAAGUUCCGACGCAGCCCACCUCCGCCACAUCAAUCACAUCCCCCAACGGUUUCUCCUCCAGUUCCAGUUCAUUCUCCACCGCCACCGGUAUAUUCUCCUCCACCACCAGUCCACUCACCACCACCACCGGUACAUUCUCCUCCACCACCAGUCCAUUCACCACCACCACCGGUAUAUUCUCCUCCACCACCACCGGUACAUUCUCCUCCACCACCAGUCCAUUCACCUCCACCGCCAGUCCAUUCACCUCCACCACCCGUUUAUUCUCCACCGCCGCCACCACCAGUCCAUUCACCACCACCACCGGUAUAUUCUCCACCGCCACCAGUCCACUCUCCUCCACCACCAGUCCAUUCACCACCUCCACCAGUCCAUUCACCUCCACCACCACCGGUAUAUUCUCCCCCGCCACCAGUCCACUCUCCUCCACCACCUGUUCUCUCCCCACCGCCACAGUCUUCACCGCCAAUUCAAUCUCCACCACAAACACCGGUCAACUCUCCUCCCCCACGAACACCGACACAGACCACAGAGGCACCACCUCCAAGUGAUGAAUUCAUCAUACCACCAUUCGUUGGUCACCAAUAUGCAUCGCCGCCACCUCCAAUGUUUCCGGGUUAUUAAUAUUAGAGAGAUUUAAUUCUAUAUUAUGAAUCGCGUCGUGAGAGAGAAAAAAAUGAUCAGAAAACUUGAGCAAGACAAAAGAAGAAAAAAAUGAUGGCAAUGUAUCCAAGUAGCAUUAACUCCUUACAAAGAAUCAUAUGAAGUUUGUGUAGUAACAAUUAACAACAUCUUUUUUGGUACAUGAAAGAUUUUACAUUUUUAAAAGGAAGAAGUUGUUAUGCUUCUUCUCUUGUGUUGUUAAGGCCGUUUCACGAUGAUGGUAUCUGAGAAUCUACAGUUUCCAAUCUCGAUCUUAAGUGAACUGAAAAUUAAUGUAAUCCAAUAAGCAUGAUCUUCACAA